AUGUUCACUACAGUCCUUGUUGUCAAUGACCACAUCACAAGAGAGCGUCACGAAGGUCAUGCCACUAUUUCUUAUUUCGAUGCUGGCGGGCUCCCCGACCCCCUGGUCAGCAAAAGCUACGUUACAUUGCCCAAUGACUUCCCUGAAAAAUUUGACAUCCCAGGCUAUUAUAUGGAUCAUGUCUUGCUGAGUGAAAGAACUAGCAAAAUUAUUGGCAGGGCCGGUUCAUGCAAAAGAUUUAGGCGUGUUCAGGUGUUCAGAGAACUUGUGGUGGGCAACAAGGACAUUACAAAAUACACCGAUUCUAGUUUCGUCCAGCUGGAUAACAGCCAGGAAACCGAGUACGAUCAAUGUUUGGUCAGGAUCAAGUUGGUGCUGGCGACGCCCAUCGAUCCCGACAAAGAUUGGUUCGCCCAGGACGAGAUUAUUACGGUUGCCAGCCAAAAUCCCGACCAUCUGAGCCAUAAACUGUCGUCUCAGUGCUACUGUCCGUUGCUUGAGUUUAGCAUAAUUACGCACAAUGAGCUUUCAAGAAGAAGCAUCAAGACCACUCUUCUGACAUUAGCUCCAGUUCUUCAAAUCCGCCUCUACUCUUAUGGAGACUCGCAGCAAUGCCGGUUGGAUGCUAGACAUGACCAGCUGCAGCCAAGUAAAGCCUGGUCAUAUGUGUAUGAUCCCACCUGGCAGAAUGGGGCUUAUGAUAUGACCAACUACGUUAACGCGCCCACCUGCAUCAGGAGCUGA